AUGGCUACUUUAACUGAGCCUUCAUCGUCUCUAAGUUUCACAUCUUCUCAUUUCUCUAAUGGCUCUAUUGGUUUCAAUACUUUCUCAUCAUCAAGCUCAGCUUCUAAUCUCGAAGUUGUUAGUCUGAGCAAACUCAGCUCCAAUCUCGAGCAGCUUCUCAUCAAUCCAGAUUGUGAUUACACCGAUGCAGAGAUCAUUGUCGAUGGCGUUCCUGUUGGUGUUCAUAGAUGCAUUUUAGCUGCAAGAAGCAAGUUUUUCCAGGAACUGUUCAAGAAGGAGAAGAAAAGUUCGAAACUUGAGAUACCAAAGUACCAUUUGAAAGAGAUGUUGCCUUAUGGAGCUGUUGGGUAUGAAGCUUUCUUGUAUUUCUUGAGUUAUAUCUACACUGGGAGAUUAAAGCCGUUCCCUUUGGAUGUUUCGACUUGCGUUGAUUCAGUUUGUGCUCAUGAUUCUUGUCGACCUGCAAUUGAUUUCGUUGUUGGAUUGAUGUAUGCUUCAUCUGUUCUCCAAGUGCCAGAGCUAGUUUCAUCUUUUCAGCGAAGGCUUUGUAACUUUGUGGAGAAGUCUCUGGUUGAGAAUGUUCUUCCGAUUCUUUUGGUUGCUUUCAACUGUAAGUUGACUCAGCUGCUUGAUCAAUGCAUAGAGAGAGUGGCGAGGUCAGAUCUCCACAGGCUAUGUAUCCAAAAGGAGGUUCCUUUUGAAGUAUCUGAGAAGAUUAAACAGAUUCGUCUCAAGUCUCCACAAGAUGAAGAAGAAGACAACCCCAAGGGCUCAGAUAAAAUGCUUGAGAGAACAGGGAAAAUCCUCAAGGCGUUGGAUUCGGAUGACGUUGAGCUUGUGAAGCUUCUUUUGACUGAGUCAGAUAUCACUCUUGAUCAAGCCAAUGGUCUGCAUUACUCCGUGAUGUACAGUGAUCCCAAAGUUGUUUCUGAGAUUCUUGCUCUUGAUAUGGGUGAUGUGAAUCAUAGAAACUCCAGGGGUUACACCGUUCUUCACUUCGCUGCGAUGCGUAAAGAGCCAUCAAUCAUCAUUUGGCUACUCAAAGAAGGUGCCAAGGUGUCUGAUUUCACCUGUGAUGGACGCAGUGCGGUUAACAUAUGUAGAAGAUUGACAACUCCAAAGGAUUAUCAUACGAAAACAGCGAAAGGAAGGGAGGCUAGUAAAGCUAGUAAAGCUCGGUUGUGCAUAGAUCUCUUGGAAAGAGAAAUCAGGAGGAAUCCGAUGGUUGCAGAUACACCAACGUGUUCUCUUUCUAUGCCUGAAGAUCUUCAAAUGAGACUGAUGUACCUAGAGAAGAGAGUGGGGCUUGCUCAGUUGUUCUUUCCAACAGAAGCUAAUGUGGCUAUGGACAUUGCUAAUGUAGAAGGUACAAGCGAGUUCACGGGUCUUCCACCGCCUUCAAAUGGGUUAACCGGAAACUUGAGCCAGGUUGAUUUAAACGAAACUCCUCAUAUGCAAACCAAAAGACUUCUUACUCGUAUGGAGGCUCUAAUGAAAACAGUUGAGACCGGUCGAAGGUAUUUUCCAUAUGGCUCGGAGGUUCUAGAUAAGUACAUGGAAGAGUACAUAGACGAAGACAUUCUCGAUGAUUUGCAUAUUGAGAAAGGAUCUCCACAGCAGAGAAGAUUGAAGAGAAUGAGGUAUAGAGAGCUUAAGGAUGAUGUGCAAAAGGCCUAUAGCAAAGACAAAGAGUCUAAGAUUGCGGGGUCUUGUCUUUCUGCUUCAUCCUCUCCUUCAUCUUCUUCGUCUUUAAGAGAUGGCCUGAAGAACACAUCAUGA